GUCAUUUUUUUUAAAUAAAAUCAAUCAAAACUAUUUUUUCUGAUUUUGAAAAUUCCUGAAAUUUGUUCCGUUUUCUCAAUUUUAAAUAAAUUCCAAAAUGUACACUUCCGAUUCAAAAAGACGCCCCGCUCAAGUAAUGCUUAAAUCUACAAUAAAUUUAAGAAAACCCGUAAAUCUGCAAAUUCCUACUGUUGUGGACUCUAAAAUAUUAAAGAGAGAAAAUGGUUUUACUCUUCCAAUACAAAUAAAUAAUUCCAAUCUUAGCAAAUCUAAAUUUACCAUUUUAAGAAACCCCAAAGAACCAACGGUUGCAGCAUUAAAUUCUAAACAAAAAGCAAUAACAAGAAGAGACAACAAAAAAUUCGAAACUAGCGAAAAAUCCAAUAUACCAGUAAUUUCUCGAAAUAAAUCUAAGCCCGUUAGUAGAGUUCAAAUAACUUCUUUAAAUAAACGAGCAGAUAAACGUAAUAAAAAUCAAGUGCCGGCACCACAAGAAAAUCAAUUUGAAGAAAAUUUCAAGGAAAAUGUACGCGAAAUUACUGAAAUGGCCAUACAGACAAAUGAACAUGAAAUUUUAAAUCAUGCUUUAAUAGUGGGUGAUCUAAAGAUUGUGAUACCCUCGAAAUCUAUAACAGAUGAAAUUGAUAAAUUACGAAAGGAAAAUGAAAUUAAAAAUCUUCUAAAAGCCACACGUAAAUUUGAAGAACAUUCUCUAAGAGAUGAACAGCAUUUAGAUGAUCUAAAAGAGUUUCUAGAUAAAAGUUAUGUUACAAGAAAACCUUACAAAUUUGGGGAUAAUGGUUUAGAAGAAGAUCGUAGAAUUAUUGAUUCCAUGGACGAAUUGUUAAAACGUGAAAGACCUAAAACCGAAUCAAUUACCGAUAUUAGAAGUCGUAUCAAACAUAAAGAACAAGAGCUUUUAAGCUUAUUUGAAAAUUUUCAAAAGAAAACUGAACUUUUUGCUAACAUUAAUGUUUGAGAUGUUUGUCUUGUUCGUUUAAAACAGGGGUAAACCAUUUUGUUGAUUUUAUUAGUUUUAUUAUUAAUUGUGUUUUGCUAUUAUUUAUGAAAUUAAAUUUGAAUUGAAAUUUAA